AUGUCCUCCCCCCCCGUCAAGAGAAGAAAAAUCGGAGACCCAGAUCGGCCUCAACAACCCAGGAGCAGCAACCAGAUCCAGGAGCAAGCGUUCGAGAGGUCCUACCAGAUCCAGCGGUUCCUCUUCAACGACCCCGACAACGACUCGACCACCUGGGCCAUCAUCGAGGGCCGCAGGCAGGAGCCCAAGUUCAUAGACUCCCAGACCACGGCCUCGCCCCCGGGGUCCUGCGAGGACGACUCAUCCGCCGCCGGCGCAGACGACAGCCUCACCACCUCCGUCUCCUUCCACCAGAAGCGCUCCAAGGCGAGGCUGGCCGAGAGCAGCGCCAGGUUCGAGGGGCCCCAUGCUGAGGUCAGAGCCACCAGGAAUAACUUGUCAUACCCAGACUCAGAGCCCUGCAAGGAGGGCAAGCAGUUCCCCAACAUAUCGAAACUCAGAGAACAUCUUAAAAGGGUGCACUCCCCAGAGUACCGAUGCAGCGACUGCAACCACAAGUUCUCCCAGGUCUCCGUCGCGGAGCUGCAGGACCUCCGCGCCUCCCACCGGCCCAAGUGCAGCCACGCCGGCCGCACCCCCCUGCCCGGCUUCGACAUGACCGCCGAGCAGUGGGAGAAGUGCAAGAACUGGAGCCAGAACCGGGGCGUCGACCGCGGCUCCAGGAACGGCCUCUCGGAGCGCAAGCCCGCCUGGUCCUGGCGCCGCAUCUACAACAGCCUCUUCCCCGCCGACCGCAUCGCCGUCGGCCAGGAUCCCUGUGCGUUCAAGCCCAUUGGUCCCAGGGCGCACCAGCUGCCGAGGGCGCAGCCGAGGGGGCCAACGAAGGGGGCUGGGCCCGCGCCGACCAUGACGCCGUCCGAGUUCGUGUCCGUGUUCUCGCUGGACUUCAAGGCUUCCAACGGUAGCGAGGACCCCGCGUUUGGCGAUCCAUGGCCGUCGUCGAACCCACAGGGCCCCAGUUCGAUCACGCCGUCGUCGACGUCCGGGACCACGGAGACGGUGGAGUCGGCCCCGAGCCAGUCCGAGAUACCGGCUCGUCAGCCAGUGACGAUAUUGGAUGACUACAUGGACAGCGCGUGGGCAGAUUAUAAUCCAAACAUGGAUGCCAACAUGGAUGCUUUCCUUGGUGAAUACAUCCCCGGUAUGCAGCCCUCAUUCGGACAAAUUGACGAGCGGAUGGAUGGCUCCGGGACCUGA